UGGCUAGGACUGAGCCAAAGGCUAAGUUGACAUUCGAUCACUGCUGCUGCUGUAUUGAGCUCAGGAUGGGAUGCCUCAUUUGGGGUUACUUGGAACUGGCUGGAGUAGCGUAUCAAUUGAUAAGAUUUAUCCUGUUAUGCAAAGACUUUGGACAAGUCAUCCAGUUUCUGAAACAGUUUCUUAAGAUGACCAAUGAAACAGAACAAGUCAUAAGAUCCGUUGGCAUCGGUUUACUCAUCUUUUCUUGCAUACUAUUUGCAAUUAAGGUGUUUUUUAAUAUCGUGUUUCUCCGAGGACUACAUAUGAACAUUCGAGCACACGUAGGAGCGUACCUGCUAUAUACCUUCGUCUUCAUCAUAGUUACCUUCAUAACAUGUAUCGUCAUAACCGCAGAGGUUGGAACCAUGGAGCAACUGCGCAUGCCUGGAACUGUGACGGCCAUCAUGGUCGUCUUGAUUAUUCUGUUGCAUGUAUUAAUACUUUACUUCUGGCUGGUGAUCAGAAGCCAAUACUGCCUCAUGGAUAUCAAGCCCCAGACUAAUCUAGCUGUUGAAUUCAGAAACCGAUCCUAAACACAAAAGUUGACAAAACCUAAUUAAGGAUCACUCACGUUAGACCGGCCGU